UUUAUAUUUCUUCUAUACUUCCAUUUUGAAACAGUUGAUGAGUUGUGACAUCUCUCGUGAAAGAGCGCCAGUCAUCUUAGUUCAGCCAUCUCAAAAUGAACCACUCGCACCCUGAAGACUGGAUGACCUGUACACUGUGCAGAGCAAAUCACCAAGGGCAGCAGGUCCUAGAGAGAGCUAGAAGAAGAGAGAUCUCAUGGCCUGAACCCAGAGAACAUGGAACUCCUCCCAUCCAGGAUGCCCUGGCAUACACCACCAUAGAUGAGGCCUUCGGUAGCAUCCUACAGUAUAUGACAACCAGUAGCAGACAAUGCAGAAGAUACUACUCCAGUAUUCCAGCUUCAUCCCAGAAUGCACUAGACAAGCGGCAUUGUGGGAGAUUCCAUGCUCCGAGAUACACCGAGCCCAGAAAAAUGCAACAUCCGCUUGAGCGAUCUGAAGACGUUCACAUCCAAGUUCAGCCAGGGACCUACGCUGUGACAGCAGGAGGAUGGGGAAAGGGCAAAGGUCAACAGACGCACGUCGUCCAUGUCAACCAAGGUCAAAGUGUCAACCUGGAUUUCAACCUUUGACCUCAGUGAACCUGUGACCUUGAAGGGGUCAGGACCACAUUCGCAGCUGAUUUGAUAAACUGAA